AAAUAUAUUUCUCUGCUUUUAUGCUUCCAAUUCACAUCACUCUGAUCUUUCAGUUGGCUCUCUCUCGCUCCCUCCGUCUCUCAGACCAAAAGCUUCCAUAAAAAUCCAAUAUUUGGUACACAAUGGACAGCGAGUUCUUGAUGUCACUGCUCCCCACGUGGCACUCCCUCUCGCCAGCGAUGGACAUCCACGCGCCGGAGCUCCCCUGCCCCGCCGCGACGGACCAGUCCCCAGACUGCUUCUUCGCCCCCAACUGGGACAAGUCAAUGGACAGCGGCGGCGGCGGCCUCAUGUUUGACUCCGCCCUCAGCUCUAUGGCGUCCUCCCCCGUUUCACCCCCGAACUCCUCCAAUGACGGCUUCCUCAUCAGAGAACUGAUCGGAAAACUCGGCGGCUCCGGCGGCUCCGGCGGCUUCUCGCCGCAGACCCUCCACUCCAUCCAUCCUAAGGAAAAUGCUCCCAAGUUAGGACAUUCUGCUCUACCAUUGAAUCCCGGCGUUGCGGACUUUUCACCAGCUACGAGGUUCUCGAGCCUCGGGACCCGGAGUUUCAAUGGCCUCUCGGGUCAAUUCACGGAGCUAGCAGCAAUGGAGAAGAUGAUGAGUCGGGUCACGAGCAGCCCUUCUCUUAAGCAGCUUGGAUCCCCGGUAGGGGCCCCACAGGGGAGCAAGAACCCGAACCCGGCACAGGAUCGAGCUGAAUUGUCGAACUCUCAGGAGGAGCCCUCGGUCUUGAAUCCCGAGAAAAACCCGAGUCUGGAGACGGGCGCGAAUGCACCGAGCAACACGAACUGGAGGAAGAGAAAGGCAGCUCCUGAGGGAAAGGAAGCCGAGAUCGACAAUGAUGCAGAUGCAAAAAGAGUGAAGCAGAGUGAUGAAGGCAAUGUGAAUGAAAAUGGCUUUGUGAAAGCAGAGGAGGAAGCAGGAGGAGGAAAUGAUGACGAUGGAAACGGGAAAGAUGAGAAAUUGCAAGUCAAGAAUGAAGAAAAGCCAUCUGAGCCUCCCAAGGACUACAUUCAUGUCCGGGCGCGGCGGGGCCAAGCCACUGAUAGUCACAGCCUCGCCGAACGAGUGAGACGGGAGAAGAUCAGCGAGCGGAUGAAGAUCCUCCAGGACCUGGUGCCGGGCUGCAACAAGGUCACUGGAAAAGCUCUCAUGCUUGACGAGAUCAUCAACUAUGUCCAGUCGUUGCAACGACAGGUCGAGUUCCUUUCCAUGAAGUUGGCUUCUGUCAAUACCAGCAUGGACGUGAAUGAAAAUACUCCGAUACCGAAGGAUGUAUUUCAUUCAGACAGCUCAGUUCCACACCAAAUGCUUCCAUUAGAUUCCCCAUCACCUGCCCUUUAUGGCCAGAAGAAUCCAGCAGUACACAUCCCUAAUGGGACAAUCCCGCAAUAUUCCGCGGACCCGUUAGACGCCCAGUUUCUUCCGUAUCAGGCAUUCCGGGGUGAUGAUCUGCACCUCAUUGUUCAGAUGGGUUUUGGACAAAAUUGAAGUAGAGACUCAGAUCAAUUCAGCCCCACAGAGCUAUUCCAUUAUGGAACCGAGCUCUUGUGGACGAGUCGAGCCUUAUCGGGCAUCUUCGGCAGUUCUAAAACCUUGGCUAUGAUGAAGGCCUAAACUGUACUGUACAUACAAGAGGAUUCGUUUCCACAUCGGGAAAGAUCGCCACCCAUCCGCGCAUCAACUGAAGAGAUGAUCUAGUUGUAAAAUUUUUACCCAUUGAAUUUUUGUUGAGUGUUCUUUUCCAACUUAUCCAAUGUAAAAUUUGUACUAAUGUAUUAUUUGUCGCCUUGGUGCUCAAGUGCUUCAUGGCAAUGGCACCACAAUGUAUCAUACAAUGCCUAAUUAGUAAUUAAUUGAUGAGAAUAGCACCUAGAGCUUUCUUUUUGCUGAA